GAACACUACGAACUAGUCCGUUCUCGCUAUACUGCGACUGCAAUAUUGCAAUGAAGAAGAGAAUUUAUAAUAUUAUUUAUCGCCGGCGACACGUCUCGUCCGCGAUUAACGUUUAUUGCGGCGACCACAUAAUUGUAUUUUGAUUGUUGUCCAUUAAUCACACGACGGUUACAGAUGAAACACGAUCACUGUCCCACGUUCUCAUACGCGGCUUUGUUGUACCAGUAUAGCAAUACUGCUCUGUUUGAAAGUCAUACCGCGUGUGAGCUUGUCGUAUAUAACGGUCGAUAAAAGUUUCGUCGUUACCAGAGCCCGCGGUUUGAACUUUGAAAUCGAACAAAUUAUCGGUACGCAUGUCUCCAAAAACGCAGUCCCGGUACACCUGCUGAGACGCAAAAUCCGGCAACGUCGCAGGCGCGCGCACCGUCAGGGGACCGUAACAAAUGUGUGUGUAACACUCCGCUACGACGUUGCCGCAGUUCGCUCCGGAACGUAUCCGUCUGAACAGCCGCCACUGUCCACCGUUGGAUUCUAAUCAAUGAUGCGCGUUUUCCUUUCUCUCUUCCCCCGAACAACAAUAAUAACAAUAAAUAAAUAAUAUAAGAACUUAUUAGUUUUUUCUUGCUGUUGUCUKUUCUUCACUUAUCUGGUGUCUAAGGUUUCUGGUCUUCGAAUAUUUCCAUUCGUGUGUUUGAUUUAUUAAAUUUAUUGAUCUCGUGUAAUGGAGGUGGACGAGUUCGAUUCGGGCCGUUCGUCGUCGACAAUUUCAUCGAUAAACAGCCUGUUCUCGUUUACCAGCCCGGCCGUUAAGAAACUGUUGGGCUGGAAGCAGGGUGACGAAGAGGAGAAAUGGGCUGAAAAAGCAGUCGACGCACUUGUCAAGAAACUGAAAAAAACCAAAGGCGCUAUUGAAGAGUUGGAAAAAGCACUCAGCUGUCCGGGACAGCCAAGCAAGUGCGUCACCAUACCAAGAAGUCUCGACGGACGACUACAGGUGUCGCAUCGAAAAAGUUUACCUCACGUUAUAUACUGCCGUGUAUGGCGAUGGCCAGAUCUCCAAACCCAUCAUGAGCUUAAACCGCUUGACCAUUGUCAAUUUCCAUUCUCCACUCAAAAUAAACAGAAAGAUGUUUGUAUUAACCCUUAUCACUACAAACGUGUUGAAAGUCCUGUUCUACCUCCUGUAUUGGUACCAAGACAAAGUCAGCUACCCCCUAUGAUGUUCCGUCAAAUGCCGGAAAACCUUCAGUACAAUAAUUAUAAUCAAGGACCCAAUUCUCCAUCAUCAAGUCCUCCACCAAAUAGUCCCUUUCAGAGCAGCGCUCUAUCAGAAUUAGGAAGUUCUCCUGGGCCUGAUGAAAAAGCUAUGAGUCCUGCAUCUGGGACACAAGUUUUAUAUCAGGAACAAGCUAGUUGGGCAAGCAUAGCAUAUUAUGAAUUAAAUAGUAGAGUUGGAGAACUAUUUCAUUGUCAAUCUCCCGUUGUAGUUGUGGAUGGUUUCACUAAUCCAAGUAAUAAUUUAAACCGAUUUUGCCUUGGACAACUAUCCAAUGUUAAUCGAAAUCAAACAAUUGAAAACACUAGGCGACAUAUCGGAAGAGGCAUUCAAUUGCAUUACAUUGGUGGUGAAGUAUAUGCAGAAUGUUUAUCAGACUCAGCGGUUUUUGUACAGUCACGUAACUGCAAUCACCAUCAUAAUUUUCAUCCAUUAACAGUGUGUAAAAUACCGGCUGGAUGUUCUUUGCGUAUAUUCAAUAAUCAACAAUUUGCAACUUUACUCACAGAAUCUGUGAAUUCAGGCUAUGAAGCAGUAUUUGAGCUUACCAAAAUGUGUACAAUUAGGAUGUCAUUUGUGAAAGGCUGGGGAGCUGAGUAUCAUCGACAAGAUGUUACUAGCACUCCUUGUUGGAUUGAGAUACAUUUAAAUGGACCAUUACAAUGGUUAGAUAAAGUUUUAUGUGCCAUGGGAUCUCCUCACAAUGCUAUAUCAUCUGUUUCAUAAGCCAGCAUGCUUUAUAAACUUAAUUUUUAGUAUCAAGGUAUAAUUUUUUUUUUAUUUUAACUAAACCAUCAAUAUGAGUUAAAUAAACCUGUUAUAUUCAAUAUUAGUAAAAUAAUUUUACUAUAAAAUACCAGGUACUUUUAUAUUAAAUAAACUUAUGAAAUUUAACUUUUUGUAAAUUAAAAUUAGUUUUAUUUAGCUGUACUAUAUGUUUGGUGCUCGCUUUUCUUAUAACUAUAUUUUUUUUUUUAUUAUUAUUAUUAAAGACCAUUUAUUUGUUGU